AUGGAAUAUUCUCACAUUGAAAUUUGUUUAAAAUUUGAAAAUCCAGGGAAUUUUUUCAUUAAUGUCUUAAAUAUUAGUUAUAAUGGAUGGCUUCAAUUCCACGUUCAAAUAAGAAAAGAAAACGAGGAAAGAUGUGUAUUCAAGAUGUUCAAGAAAAUUUCAGAGUUGGAGAAAAAAGUAUUGGAAAGUUUGAGACAACGUAUAUCAAUUCAUAUAUCAUCAGAGGUAAACGAUAUUGAAGAUGGUCAAAUGAAUGUAUAUUAUAAUGAUAGUUUUGAAACAAUUUACGCCAAAAAAUAUGAGAAUUUGGCUUUUGUUGCCAUGAUUGAACCGGUAAUAGAUGGAAGCUAUGAAUUUUAA